AUAGUUGUUAGCUUGUGCUUUAUAGAUUCCGAGAGGAGGUUCUCGAUCCUCGACUAUAUUUCCUUUUUGGUUUACAAACGGGCCGAGAUUCUCAUCUAGAUCUAUAUCAUAAUCAUUAUUAUGAUGCAUUUUAUCUUAUGUUCACUUCAAGUAUCAUGAUGCGCUAGCCGUUGAUCUAAUACAGGGAAGUAACACAAAACGACUGAAAAUUCAUUAGUGAUACAUUUCUGAUAACAAGAUGGAUCCUCAUCAGAUAGAAAUGAAUAACUUUCAACCAGGAAUGGCCCCUUGCUAUAGGGCAAAGCACGGUUAUGUGGCAUCCGUUAUCGUGUUAAUUUCUAGUGUGAUGGCAUUUUUGUUUUCUUUAACUUCUUCGGCAUUUGCUGGAAUUAUGGUCAUACCAUGGAUACCUAUUUUGAUAACCUGCUUGAUCGGCAAGAAAGCCCGCAAUAGGAGAUUAUGCUGGGUACGUUCCUACAUGGUCAUGGCUAUUAUCAGUACUUUCUGUGCACUUGCGCAGAUGGGAUGGACGGUAACUUUUAUCACAGUUUGUUUCACUGACGCCACAUAUACGGAUGCAAACAGGGUUUGCUCUAUCAUAUCCUUAUUAUGCAGUACUGUGACGUUUGUAGCGAGUAUAAAAGCUUCGUGUAUUGCUUGCGAUGGAACAUGCCUGUGUUGUAGAGUCCCGAUGCCUCCUUCCCCAGACAGUCAUAACGCGUACCGUGUAUUUGAAAACGAGCAAGUUUCAUCAGAGCCACAGGUUAACAUUUCACCCGACGUGGAUGGAUAUUAUACUGAUUACCAGAUCGAAAAGGCGGAAUCUAGGGUGGGGCAAUUUGACCCGGAAGAAAAUUACGUGAUGCAUACAUCUGUCUACAAGGGACUCGUACUCAUAAUAAACAAUUAUCAUUUCCGUGAGGCAAACGAUCGCCCUGGAUCCGAAAUGGACUUGAAAAAUGUCCAACAUGUCUUCAAGCAAAUUGGAUAUGAACCAGUCAUCAAGACAAACCUUUCUUCCGGGGAAAUUCAUCGCUUUCUCGAUGAAGCUGUGCACAGAAUAAACCUCGAAGGCACUAUUUGCCACUCUUCUGUGGUUGUUGUCCUCAUGAGCCAUGGUGAGAAACGAGGCAUAUAUGGGACUAAUAUGGAUGUCGUGACAACUCAAGAAAUCAAGUCAAAAUUUUCAGGGAGGCAAUGCCCAGCUCUCCUCGGAAAACCAAAGAUAUUCUUCAUCCAGGCAUGUCGAGGACAAUUGCCAACCAAGAGUGCCCUCGAUACUGACGAUCAUGGAAGACCGUCGACAUCUGAGCAGGGGAAUGUUUCCGAUAUGGAUUCAUGUUCAUCAAGAAUACCGUCUGGCAAUACAUUGGACAUUGACCAUGUUGACGUCGACGCUGACGUACCAGAUAACGCUGAUAUAUACGUUGCUUAUGCCACUUCUGAAGGUUACUUUUCGAUUCGCGAUCGAGUUGAAGGGUCAUGGUUCAUCCAGUGCUUGUGCGAGGCGUUGAUUGCUUACGUCCACAUUGAUGAUCUGGAUACCAUUAUGAAUAGGGUUACAAGACGUGUCACCGGUUUCACGGGCUCUGUAACUGAUGUAAAUGGAAAGAAGAAGAAGAUUCUUCAAACUCCAGAUAUAUCCAAGCAAGGCAUCGGAAAGAAAAUUUAUUUCAUGCCGAAAUAUUCACCCCAAACUAAUACGCGUGAGACAGGGGGCAGCAGCUCGAUUCAGCAGCCGAUUAGCCCGUCACAAGAGUAAGGUACACCAGAGCAAACUACAUCGAAUGACUAAAAUUGAUAGACUGGGCUACACAUUAUUAUGCCCCGUAUGCUGAACUCUGGUUAUUUUAAAGUCUGAUUUGAUUUUGUCUAUGGAAACUAUGGAAAGCCAAGUGAGGCACAAAUCUACAAAAGUACAUGUUCAAUCUAUUAACUCGUAUGACACUAAAAAAAUAAUAACUUUCUAAGAAUGAUAAUUGACAUAGUUUCUUUGAUCAUUAAAUAUGUUAAAGCAAAGUAGACUUAAGAAACAUAGAAUAUGAUAAAUAAAAUGUUUUUACAUUUUCGGCUUUCCAUGAUUUUAGCACAGAAAUAGAAGAUGGUCUAAGUCAAACUGGACUUCAAAAUACAUAGUAAUGAUGAUGAUAAUUACUGUAGUAAUAAUGAUGAUGAUCAUUGUUAAUAUUGCCAUGAUUAUUGUGAUUAUUUUAAUUAUAAGGAUAAUAAAGAUAAUAAUAAUAGUGAUGGGGAUGAUUAUUAGAGGUUUAUCAGGAGGGAGCCUGGUCUCCUGGACCCGACCCUUCAUACCUUUCAACUUCAAACAAUUUUCUUUUUUUCCAGAAUUUUGAUACAAUAACAACAUAAAUUUUUCACAAAAAGUAAAUUCUUACACAAAAUUGACAGUAAUCUUUGCAUCAUAAUGUCCAUAUUGCAUAACAAAUAGUAUAAACCAAAUUUUGUAUAUAUAUACAUAAUGACGAUGCAGUAAUAUAAGAGCAAGCAAUUCGUUAUGAAAGGUGUGUGUGUGGCAAAGUGGAGCUAUUUCUUUUCAAAAUGAUAAACAUGUAAUGAUAAAUGUUCAUUUCAUAUAGAAACUUUGAAUGGUACUUGAUUCUUACAUGCGUAAUUUCAUGGAAAUUGAACCUCAUUUCGUUAUUUUGUCGUUCACAUGUUUUGUACUUUUUGACUUGUAGCAUUGGAAUUAGUGCUUGCUUCAUAGUGAUUGUAUAAUAUUUUAUUUGUUCAUAUGUUGAUCUGAUGAAAAUCAAUACCACGUUUAAUUAUAAAAAAAAGAAGCCUUUUGAAUGAAACGGGGGAGAAAAUAAUGUUGCUGCAUGAAUUUGGGUAAAGUACAUGUGGGUAUGUGUGUAUAUGUAUGUAUAUGAUUUGGGUUUUGUCUGUCGUUUUUAAAAUGAUUUAAACAACAUUGUUUUUUUAAUCAUUAUCAUGGCUUAAUAUUGUUUUUAGAUUGCAUGUUUUUACGAAGGGCAGUAAAAUCACCGACGUCGUAAUUCCAGACUAAGUAUAAAUAUUGUAUAUUGUCUGACAGUACUUUAAUACAAUUUAUGAAAGAUUGCUUGAAAAGUACUUGAGAUCGCUGCGUUAUCCAGAGGUACUCGCCCUCUUUGCAGUUUAGAAUAACAUUUUAGUGUGAAAUUCCAAAAGUUUGCGUUCGCGCGUGAAACGCUUUACAUAUUAUUUAACAAUAAUGACAAUCAUUAAAAGGACAGCGAACAGUAGCAGGUUUUCUAAUGCAGUAGAUUUAAGCACUUUGCAUUCUAUUAUGGUAUCGAGCUGGUUAACCGAUGCACUGAGAUUAGCGCAUGAAUUUGGUGGAUUCACAAUACGGUGCGCCAUUUAUCGGGUGGCAGCUGACAGGCCAAUUUUUAAUUGUUGGGUCGACAUCACGCGAAGGCUAGACGCAGCCUGAGCGCAUGGUGCUGGUGUAAAGAUGCUUAAAAAAAAUGAAAAACAUAUAAGCGGUGGAAAAAUUCACCGAAAACGGUCUAAAUUCCCCCAAAGAAAUCUGCAGCAAAUUUCUCUCCCACCUCGUAGACCCUGGCAAACAUGAGUUUAAAGGAAACCAAAACCCAAGAAGAGAAGCAAUCUUAUUGGAAAGAGUAAAAUGAGAGGAACAAUUAAAAAAAAAGUUUCAUCAAAAUCGGUUAUGAAAUAAGCAAGUUAUGGACGAUUAAAAAGUCUUGUUGUACUUACUAUGGGCAUCCUCAAAUUGGCAAACGUGCUUCAAAAUGGCUGAUUUUGUGGACAACACUCCCAUUUGUUUUGUACACAUAUUUUCAGAUUUUCCUCAUUAUCUUUCAAAUUGCAUCUUGCCUCCUUCUGAGCACAACAUAUGUCAUCAGGGGCGUCGAUCCAUUUUUCAGAUUGGGGGGGGGGGCAAAAUCAUGAAUUUUACUCUUUCCAUUAAGAUUACUUCUCUUCAUGGGUUUUGGUUUCCUUUAAUGCAAACCAGCCGAGCCGCAUCGGUCAGUGCAUACUCGCAUGCAUAAUGCACUAGCGCGCUCAGCAGAUAUGUCGUCCUUUUCCCAUGAGGCAUUGCGAAUUUCCGCCUGUCUGCUGCAACCAAUAUUGUGAAUCCACCGAAUUAUCGGCGGCAUCGAGCAUGGGAUCAAAGGAAAUCAGAUCGAUCUAGCUCCUUCCUAACUUAUCCUUGCGUAUAACAAGCUAAGUAGGAGUUGUACAAAACGAAUUAUGUAUCUGUGUAUGUAAAAAGUAUUCAAAUGUAUAUCUGAAGAGGCUAUGAAGUCAAACUUUGUUUACUUUUUUUCUUCGAAGUAUUUUUCUGUGUUCAUUUCGCAAAUGUCUGUGAAAACAUACGGUCGUACAAUAAAAAACAAGGGUUAUAUGUAA